AUGGCUCUUCAACUGUCCUCAAGUGUGGAGGAAGUAGUCAUGAAAGACUUAUGGUUCAAGGCAAAAACGGUGACCACCAAGGCCUGGUCCCGCAUCACCAGGCGAAUGCGAGUUGCUGCCGCAUGUCUGGUCGUCUUCAUUUUUAUGGUCUGGCUGUCACUCCCGACUAUCCGGGCAGUUCCAGUACCUCAGAUACACCUAGAUUACCAUGAGCCUGUGCAGUCACCAUACAACGCGAGCAAGGUCGCCCUUCUCAUCGAGAACCGAGUGAAUCCCAUCCUGGCGCCUCUCAUGUUGCACUUCAUGUCCGUCGUGCCGCCAGACUGGCGUUUUCGCUUCAUGGGCUCGACUGAGUCGGUCAAUUUCAUUAACCAGUCCAUGGCCAUCCGGGAACAAGUCGCAGCCGGGAAACUGGACCUCACUUACAUACCCUCGAACAUGAGCACCGCCGGCCAAGAGAUGAUCAGCCGCUUCCUCACCACCCUGUGGCUUUACGAAACAGUAUUGCAGCCCGCGGAGUGGCUCCUCGUCUUCCAGACCGACAGCAUUCUGUGCGCCAACAGUCAGCAAACCCUCAACAACUACCUCGAAUACGACUGGAUCGGCGCGCCAUGGAGCACCGGCGCCCGCUACGGAGGCAACGGCGGCCUAUCCCUUCGCCGCGUCAGCUCCAUCGUCCAGGUCCUCCGCGACCAAGUACGCGUCGACGGCUCCGAACCCGAGGACGUCUGGCUGGCCGAGCGACUCGGCCACCGACCCGGCGCCCGCAUGGCGAACGGCACCGUCUCGCUCACCUUCAGCGGGGAAAUGUUCUCGGGAAGCGGGGUCAAGAUCAACAAGAAGCCGGGCAACAAGACGCUCGAGUUGGCGGGGCAGGGCGAGUACGUGAGCGGCAUUGACGACUGGCGCGAGGGUUACUACGAGCCGAUGGGGUAUCACACCGGUGGCAGCGGCAGCACGCUACACAGCGGGAUUUGGGGCACGCCGGCUAUGCGGAAGCACAUCUGGGACUACUGCCCUGAGGUCAAGAUGACGCUUUCCAUGGACGCGGCCAAGUUUGUGCCAGGAGACUGCAAUGUAAAUUGGAAGAGAGACUCCGUCGGAUGGGAACAGAUGGGGGCUAUGGGCGAGGCAGGAUCCGUGGGCCUCAGCGAUCUGGGAUACGGGACCGAGACCAUCGACGGAUUUGAGUAUCCUCUCCUGCCGCCGGGUUUGGUGCCUUGGUGA